UUUAUGAUGAUGAAAGCCGAAAGGUACUAUUUGCCUUCUGGUAGUAGAAAUGUUGUUUGCUGAUGAUGCCUGUUUGAAACUCGAAAGCUCUCCUACUCUUUCAUGGCGACAACAAAUAGCUAAAGGCUAAAACAUUCUCGCUUAAGGUCAAGAUUCCCUCGUACCCUUUUCCGGAAAGAUUCAAAUUUGCCGAGUGUCCCGCCGUCUGAGAACGAGAAUGGUUAUCAGAAAGCCGAAUCCCCGUAUUCCUUCUGCCAAGGGCAAUGGAAGAAAAGCGAAGAGUGAUGGGAUUGAACUGUUCGUCAAGAAUGGGUCUGAACCAGUCGACCAUUGGGAGUUUCUGGAUGAGAUUGAUGCUCCCAUGUGGGUGGAUCUCAGUGUUGAAUGUAAGUCUAUGUAUGCUGACAAGGAUGAUGAAUGGUUCCACACGAGCCAUCUGUUUCAUCAAUCUUCUUCGAAAGAAUUGAAAGCUGCUUUUUCUCGCAUUGGGGAGAUCUGUGCAGAAAUGGAGUUUGGCGGGCAUGAACAAUCUUCCCCAAAGCUUCCACCCUCGGUGGGAAGAUCGAGAGGUAAAGAUUACAGAAGCCGGGAGUGGGGAAAAGGAAACCGCAAGAUUAGCAUGGGUAAGAAGCAUCCGGUUAAGAACUUGAGCAGUAAAUCUUCACGGGUGAACUCGGGGUUUACUAAAGCUGUGAAAGAUCGAACAAGCCACAUAAAUGUAAAACACCAUGGGGCUUCGAAAUCUAUUUCUGUUGGCCAGAGCAGUUUAAGUACCAUUACAUCUGAGGUUAGUGAUCAAUGGUGUCAGAAGUCCUCGGUGACGAGUAAUUCAAGCAGCAUCGUGACUUAUGAGGAUGUCGAACAACAAAAUCAGAACUCUCGGGAGAUAAGAAAUUCAACAUGCACCGUAACAUCUAGACUUACGGAACUGCAACCUCGAAAGUGCACAAACAUAAACAGUCAAGUAUUUGGACGAACUAGUGAUUUAUUGUCGACUCUAAGGGUUAAUGUUAGAAAGAGUUGUGUUACUAGACAGGCAUUAAGACUGGUGGUUAAUAGUCCGAGGCAAUCUGAAGGUCGAAAAUCUGCUUCGAGCAAAUCAAGCAUGGAGUCUUCAAAUACUCACGAGGAUAGAAGCCAAACUAAAGGCACAACUCCAGAUAGUAGAAAUGUCUUCAGAAUGAAUGACCCCCCAAAAGAAAAGACGAAGCUACCACGAAUGUACAAGGGUCAUCAUCGUACUAAUACAACACAACAAAAAGCUUUUGUUCCCAAUCGAGGCAACGUAAAUGUGCCCUCAAAUGAGGUUAGGAAGGCUAAAGAGAGCACGGGAACCAAAACCAAAAGAACUAUGGCCACUGGUAAAGAGAAUGCACCGAGGAUAGUGGGUCUGAAAUCAAGCUCUCUCGAGAGGGCAGCUACAGUCAAUGUGCAGGUUCCUAAAGUUUCAAAGGAAAGGAUCCCGGGAACAACAUUGACUGGUGUAAAGGUAAGGGUAGAUAACAGAAGGGAAGUGGAGAAUCCCCGAAAGGAUGGGCGAGCAGGUUUUCCUAAGAUGAGAAAGAACGAAGAUAAAUGAACGAUGAGAUUUGUAGAUGUCUAGAUGUCAAAAAACUCGGGUUUUUGUUUUACCAAACCCUUAACCUGCCUUGCAAUAGCCACACCCUUAUCUUCUACAUUGGAGCCAGUUGUUCAUCAUUUGUCUCUCUUGUCAAUAUUGUGUUAGGAUGAGCUAACAUUUUGUCAUAGAACAACCUUAACUACUUUGUCAUGGAAAUAUAUUGUUGCUCAAAUUUCCAGAAUACCUGAGAGCACACCCCAAAAGCCAGAAAAAAAGGGGUCAGUUUGGAA